AUGCAAAAUUCACGUGCUGCCGAAAUAUUUGUCAAUAUCAAUGAGUCUUUCUUCCUUUCAAAUUGGCAGCUGGUGGAUUUCUCCCGGCCCGGACUUGUUCAGUUUUGUAUCUCCAGGGACGCACUCAAUGCAAACCGGCCGCUCGCAAGGGAGAUCACUCGACGUAUUAGAAAUACUUGUCAUGUUUAUAGAGCCGUUUCUACUCAUGUCUCUUUUUUCCAUGAAAUUUAUGCAUCGUUAAUUUCUUCUAAUAAGAAUAAACUUAUUCGUUAUUUGAUUCUUCUUUCCUCUUUUACUUCAUUCACAUUAUCUUUUUUCCUGAUCUUCCUCUAUUCCUUUUUUCCUCAUGCUUCUCCUCCUUCUCUUUCCUUUACGCAGCCACCUCUUCAUUCCUUCUCCUUCUCUUUCCCUUCAUCCUCAAUCCUUCUUAACUGCCAUCAAUUCUCGUCUUUUACUAAUAUUGCUAUAACUUUCCUUUUUUUUUCCUACUCCUUCUCUUCAUUUCUUCUCUAUUCAUUCGUCAUCAUUUCACCAUCUAUAUUUCAUCUCUGUUUCACUUUUGUCGCCUCUUUGUCGAAUAUGCAUCUCUCUUCCAUCUUCCUCUUUUUACUUUAUAAGCAAACAUUUUUUCUGAAAACCACAUUGAAUCUAUCUAUCUAUCUAUCUAUCUAUCUAUCUAUCUAUUUCUUUUGCAGAUCUACCUAUAUGUCUGUCUGUCUAUCUAUCUAUCUAUCUAUCUAUCUAUCUCAUUUGAAGAUCUAUCGAUCUAUCUAUCUAUCUAUCUCAUUUGCAGAUCUAUCUAUCUAUCUAUCUAUCUAUUUCUUUUGCAGAUCUACCUAUAUGUCUGUCUGUCUAUCUAUCUAUCUAUCUAUCUAUCUAUCUAUCUCAUUUGAAGAUCUAUCGAUCUAUCUAUCUAUCUAUCUCAUUUGCAGAUCUAUCUAUCUAUCUAUCUAUCUAUCGAUCUAUCUAUCUAUCUAUCUCAUUUGCAGAUCUAUCUAUCUAUCUAUCUAUCUAUCUAUCUAUCUAUCUAUCUAUCUAUCUAUCUAUCUAUCUAUCUAUCUCUUUUGCAAAUCCACCUAUAUAUUUAUCCAUGGUUUUUGCUGA